CUCAAAAAUGUCUUUUACGCAUUCGUAGUGAUGGUGGCUGGCUUCCUUGCAAACAUAGCGUCAUAAAUUACGUAUAAUUUGUAAAAAAUCUUGGUUAUUCGGUCGCAUAACGAUCGUAAAUAUAGUGUAAUAAGUGCAUAAGAAGUUUUCAUAGCAAAUAGAAAUGAGUUCAAGCGUGUGCUACAAGUGCAACAGGACCGGGCAUUUCGCGCGCGAGUGCACGCAGGGCGGCGUGGGCGCGCGCGACUCGGGCUUCAACCGUCAGCGCGAAAAGUGUUUCAAGUGCAAUCGCACUGGACACUUCGCGAGAGAUUGCAAGGAGGAAGCCGACCGUUGCUACAGAUGUAACGGCACGGGGCACAUAGCGCGCGAGUGCGCGCAGAGCCCCGACGAGCCGUCGUGCUACAACUGCAACAAGACGGGGCACAUCGCGCGGAACUGCCCCGAGGGCGGGCGCGAGUCCUCGUCGGGCCAGACCUGCUACAACUGCAACAAGGCCGGCCACAUCUCCCGCAACUGCCCCGACGGCACCAAGACGUGCUACGUGUGCGGCAAGCCCGGCCACAUCUCGCGCGACUGCGACGAGUCGGAGCGGAACUAACACGCCGCCGCCGCACACCAUAUAAACAAUAAACUAUGUAUAUUAUGAUGCCACGCACGGACUGUAAGCAAAGGACGCGAUACGCGACACUAGAUCGGACGACAGCAGACGUACGAAAUGAAAUUAAAGCAAUGGAAUUAUUGGACAGAGUAGACGCAGGACGGCGUUGUCGCGAGACUGAGCAGCAUGGAUCGUUGACUUGUACAUAGACUCCGCCGGCGCGGGCUCUCGCCGUAGGUUAAUGUUUGUUCUUGCACGUGAACGAGUUGUGUUUUAAAUCAUUUAAUAUUCGUGAUUGAACUAUUGAUGAGGUAGCGUUACAGUUUUUAGCAAUACAGAGUAUAUAUUUAAUAUAUUUUGUACAGAUUUAUUUGUCAAAAGAUAAAUUGGAUGCUGGCGUA